CCUGUGUAGUUUUGUGUGUGUGUGUGUGUUUAAUCCCCAGGUGAUUCGGAUGUACAAGGAGAGAGGGUUGAAAGCCAUUGACAUAGCUAGAAAAUUAUGAGGCUGUCAUUUUCCAAACUCUAUAACCCAUUCUGUGUGAUCUGUGAUUUUAAUUUUCUUAAGUACUGGGGGACACCAGAGAUGGAUCACCUUUUUCACUCUUAGUCUUUCCAAAGUACAAAUGCUGAUACACAGCCUGCAGUGGCUACUGGACCUUUGUAUUCACAUGCCUUUUAAAAGUUAACUUCAACUGCACUUCCCUUUUUCAGAGUUGAGGGAGCAUGAGCCAUUUACAGAACUUACUAUUGGACACCCUAUUGGGAACAAAGCAUGUGGACAGUGCAGCCCUCAUCAAGCUCCAGGAGCGGAGCCUGUGUGUAGCAUCACCUGGAUUUAGUAUAAUGCCCAGUGACAUUCGAACACUUGUGAACGGAUUUGCCAAGAACCCUUUGCAAGCCCGAAGAGAGGGAUUGUAUUUUAAGGAAAAGGAUUACAAAUGUGUCCGGGCAGAUGAUUAUUCUCUUUAUGCUAAAAAUGAAAACACUGGCGUGGUCGUUGUGAAGACCCAGCAGUAUCUUUUGGUGGCAACUUACAGUGAGGGCAUGUAUCCUAGUGUCUGUGUGGAAGCUACAGAGAAGCUGGGAGAAUAUCUAAGAAAAAAAGGAAAUUAAGCCAUCAGAGGACUAUUAAAGCACCCAAUCCCUUUCCCUCACAAGUUCAAGAAGCUUCCCGAAGGAAGGGCAGGAUAUCAGAACUAUACGUAGAUGAGCUAGAAGCCGCCUGGC